UGUAGAUGACUUCCAGUUCCAGAUGACACACUUGAAAGUUGUCAAAAUUAUUAAAAUUGAGAAAUUCUCAUGUUUUUCAAAUAAAAAAUAACAUUAUAUUACUCCAUUUUCACCAUAGAAUGACAAAAAUAAGUGAAGUGUGGAAACAGGAGUACUGAAUGUUUUCUAAAGUCGCAUUUGAUAAUAACUUAAGAAAAUUGGAAGAAAUAUGCCAGCAGCUACUCUAGGUAGCAUACCACAUCCUAAUAAUGAAGACUGUGGCAUUAGGGAUGUUUGGGCACAUAACCUGGAGGAUGAAUUCAGAACCAUCAGACAAAUAGUACAAAAAUAUCAGUAUGUUGCUAUGGACACAGAAUUUCCUGGUGUAGUUGCAAGGCCUAUUGGAGAAUUUAGAAGUUCUGCAGAUUACCAAUACCAAAUGCUGAGGUGCAAUGUAGAUUUAUUGAGGAUAAUACAGCUUGGGCUGACGUUUCUUGAUGAUAACGGAAAAACUCCAGGUGGUGCCUAUACUACAUGGCAGUUCAACUUCAAAUUUAACCUUCAGGAAGACAUGUAUGCACAGGAUAGUAUAGACCUCCUGCAAAAUUCUGGAAUUCAGUUUAAGAAACAUGAGGAUGAAGGUAUUGAACCUCUUGAAUUUGCGGAAUUGCUUAUGUCAUCUGGUAUUGUCCUGGUGGAAAAUAUAAAAUGGCUGUCCUUCCAUUCUGGUUACGAUUUUGGCUACCUGAUAAAACUGUUAACGGACAACAACUUACCUCAAGACGAAACAGAAUUCUUCGAUUUGUUAAAAUUAUAUUUUCCUACCAUAUAUGAUGUAAAGUACCUUAUGAAAUCGUGCAAAAAUCUUAAAGGAGGAUUACAAGAAGUGGCAGAACAACUAGAACUUGAAAGGAUUGGACCACAACAUCAAGCAGGUUCGGAUUCUCUUCUGACAGGAAUGGCAUUUUUCAAGAUGAAAGAGAUGUUCUUCGAAGACACCAUAGACGACUCCAAAUUCUCGGGCCAUCUCUACGGUCUCGGCACCUCUUUCGCAGUAAACGGAACUGCCAACAACUACUCGAACGACAACGGAGAUACCACAAACUCUUCAUGAAACUUACUGGUCGUCUGUCUCAUAAAAUUACUAAAGCUAAAGUGGAAAACACUAAUGUGACCCGUUUCUUCAACAAAAUAUAUGAAUUCGUAUUGGACUAUGUUGUCGUGAUAGAUUUUAGGUUUUUUUAUUUUUAAAAUUAAGUUUUUAAACCCAUACUUUUUGAAAAAAAACUAAAAUUAGUUAUUUAAUAAAACAAUAAAUCUUU